CCGAAACGUUCCGCCUGGAAGCAGCUGUCUGACGUAUGCAUGUCCCGCUAGAAACUGCACGCUUUGCGGCUUUUGGCGCCGCCGUCAGUUGCCUGCUCUCGCUAAUGCCACUGUACUCAGAGUGCGGUCCCAGUUUGUCCGUGGCUGGUCUUUGCCGGUUGCGUUUUUUCCGCCCGCCAGGCACGCAAAGGGUGUCAGCCCCAGCUGAGUUCCACCGUCCAUCUUUGCCCCUUUUUUAAUUUCAAAUUCUUUUUCCAUUCACGAGCACCUUUUAGGUUUGCCUUUCCUCCGCCUUUCUCUGACGCUGCGUCCAGCCAGGACUCACGUGACGAAGAGAACGUUCAAAGGAAGCAGCUUUCUGGCACACGCAGGACGACCCUUUUUUUUUGCUGGUGUCCAGUUCUGCAUUUCCUACACGCUCCUGCACGGUUGUGUUCGCGUUCCCCGGCCUUUUUUUUUUGCUUGUCAGAUACGGCCUUCGGGUUCGCCAGUGUCUCACAAGCAAACAACUCGCCUCGUUUGACGCCCGUGAACCACGGAAGGCAACGACCCAGGAGCACUGCGAAUGCGUGAAGGGAAGUUUCGUGAACAUCCUUGCCACUGCGUGUUGUGAAUGCACCCCGAACCCGGCGGUCGGCUGUCUGGUCGCCCCCGUUCAGUCAAGAAUCGGAGCGACGCACUGCCGCUCCGAAGAGCGAAAGGCGUCUUGCCUGGCGGCUGCCGUGUGCGCUUUCCACAGAACACAGCGGGGUCGUCGUCUUUCAUUUUUCCGCCCUUCGUUGACUCUUGGCUUCCGUGCGUCUUUCUGAACCAAACGGUCGAGCUGGCUCCUCGACCGCACCGUGGAGACUUUUCCGCCGCUGAAAGACGAUUCUCCAAAGUUCUUUCGCUGUGCCACGGUUUCCCUCCGGAACCAAGUCGCUUGAGCGCUAGCACGAGGCUUGAGUGCCCCCCUACUCGUUGUUUUCACGUACAACUUUUUCCUGCCGUUCUCGUCACGCUUCAGAACCAUGGCGUAUCCUCCAAGUGGCGUGGACGCUGACAAAACCAACCUGCGCCGCGGGCGGUCGCUCCUCGUGGUGACGAACGACAACCAGUACACGCUGUCGAGCACUCCACCUGAGGCAGAGCAGACGGAGACGCAGCGGGAGGCCUCGCGCCCCUUGCAUGCACGAGGCGGGAGGCCUGUGCGGAAACUUUCGUUUCGCAGACCGCCCUCGGGAGUUGCAGCUGCAUCCUGUCGAGAGAUGCUUGGCAUGACGCGCCUGGCGUCGUCGGUGGGCAGUCAGAACUUCGGUUUUGGUGGAGCCUUCUACGGCCAGCCUCACCUCUCCAGGGACUUGUCCUCCAGCAGUGCCUUCCCGGUGCAUCAGAGAGAACAGAGAGCUCGAACGCAUCUCCACUCCGCAGACCUCUUCGAUCGAACGAGCCCAGUGCAGAAGGCGCGGCAAGCGUGGACUUGCACGCUGCCUGCGGCUCUCGACGCAGACACCCACACCCUGGUUUCCGGUCCACCUCUGGAUGCGAAAGUGAAGGAGGCCUUCGAAGCAGGACCCCUGGCGCAGCCUCCAGAAGUCCAGAAAAAACUGGAGGCACUCUUUCCCGCCACCUGGGGCUUCGAGUACACAGAAGUCGCUCCAGGACCUGUCGAAGUCGACGGAGGCGAGGGAAGUCGGCAACGCGUGGUGACGCGCAUUGGAAUCGUCUUGAGCGGGGGGCCUGCCCCGGGAGGACACAACGUGAUCGCUGGAUUACACGACUUUGUCAAAAGCCGACACCCGGACUCCGUCGUCUUCGGAUUCAUGGGAGGCCUCGACGGUGUGAUAAACAAAAAGUACAAGGUGCUGACGGACGAGCUGAUGAACCAGUAUCGCAACCAGGGAGGCUUCGACAUGCUUUGGUCCGGACGUGGAAAAGUCAACGGCGAGGAAGACCUUCGAAAAGCCAAGGAGGUGUGCGAGAGCCUGGAGCUGCACGGUCUGGUGCUGGUCGGCGGCGACGGGUCGAACAGCAACGCAGCGCUGCUUGCAGAGUUCAUGCAAGUUCAUCUGCCUUCCUGCGCCGUCGUGGGCGUCCCCAAAACGAUUGACGGAGACCUGAAGAGUCCGCUGAUCGAGGCUUCUUUCGGCUUCGACACCGCCGCGAAAACGUACUCGGAACUGAUCGGCAACCUCUGCACUGACAUCAACAGCUCCCAAACUACUUAUCACUUUGUGCGAGUGAUGGGGCGCAGCGCCUCGCACCUCGUCCUCGAAUGCGCGAUGCAGACGCGUCCGAAUCUUGUUUUCAUUGGCGAAGAAGUCGACGCGGCGAACAUGUGCCUCGCGGACAUUGUGAAGCAGACGGCGGACCUGGUGAUCGAGCGACUUCAUGCGGGGAAGCGCUACGGGAUCAUUCUCCUCCCCGAGGGGCUCAUCGAAUUCAUUCCUGAAAUGAAAGUCCUCAUCAAGGAACUCAACGAAGUCCUCAGCGCAAACGAUGGGAAAUUCUCUCCUGACAAACUCACGCGAGCCAGAAGUGUAUGGGACUACCUUCCCGACAUGAUUCAAGACCAGCUGAUGAUGGACCGAGAAGCGACAGGGUACAUUCAGGUGGCUAAGAUUGCGACUGAGCGCCUGCUGAUUCUUCUGCUAGAGACGGAGCUGCAGAAACGCGGGUAUGACCCUGACCAGUGGAGCUUCAUGCCUCACUACUUCGGCUACGAGGGCCGCUGUGCAAUGCCUUCCAACUUCGACGCCAACUACUGCUACUCGCUCGGAUACACUGCAGGCGUUCUGGCGGAGAAAGGAAAGAACGGAUACAUGUCGAUUGUGAGGAACUUGGACCAGCAUCCAUCGCUAUGGACUCCGGCAGGUGUACCUUUCACCAAGAUGAUGUACGUCAAGCAAGACGCUCAAGGAAAAGAUUUCCCGGCGAUUGUGCGUUCUCUCGUCUCUCUCGACGGUUCGCUCUUCAAAGUCUUCUGCGAGGUCCGAGAUAAGUGGAAGCUGAAGGACUUGUACAGAGUACCGGGGCCGAUUCAGUUCGCGGGCGUCACUGCAGACGAACCGUGCUACGCCGUCAUGGUUCCUUCUGCAGAAGAUCUCCUCGCUGGCAACGACCCUCGCGCGAACCUGACUUGCACCACCGGCGUAGUGGAGAAAGACCUGGGGACGUACUCCUCUCUGCAGCAGCAGCGUCUGCUGUAUCGGCCGACAGUGCCUCCUCUCUGCCAAGAUGCGAAGGCGCGAGCGCGUCCGUCCAAGCAGAUGUUUUGCCGCGAUCCGUACACGCAGCGCCAGGUGCUCAUGCACUAUCCGUACCUCUCCAACAGUUCGCUCUUCUUCCUCCACGACGUCUGCCAUGACAAGUACAUUCCACCCAUAGGCUUCGGCGUCCGCAUUGGGCUCGUCUUCAUCUCCCGACAGUCGCCAGGCGUCGCGAACGUCCUUUGGGGUCUGCACGAGCGCCUGAAAUUGGUGCAAGGGAAAUGCAUAGCCUUCUUCGGACUCAACGGCUUGGUCGACCGGAAGUUUCUCCAGAUCGAAGACAGACACUUGGAACUCUUCAAAAAUCAGGGAGGAUGUGAACUGAUUGGCCGGUCCACGAGCCACUGUCUAGGCAGCAGAGAGAUGCAAGAGAAAGUCCGCCAAACCUGCGAAGCCAUGAACCUCGACGGCCUCGUCAUCCCCGGAAGCGCAUUCGCCAUGUCCGAAGCUGCCCUCCUCUCCGAGUACUUCCUCGCGAAACAGUGCAGAACCUCAGUCAUCGGCAUCCCUGCGACAGGAAGCAACAACUUAAGUGGAGAGUUGAUCGAAACAUGCAUAGGCUUCGACAGCAGUACCAAAGUCUACGCCUCUCUCAUCGGGAACGUCCUCACUGACGCAGCAUCGAUGCCCAAGUACUGGCACUUCGUGCGGCUCAUGGGAAGACAACCUUCUCACGAGGUCCUCGAGUGCGCGCUGCAGACACACCCGAACUUCGUCAUCAUCGCCGAGGAGUAUGGCGCAGCAGACAAGACGUUGCUCCAUGUGGUGCAAGACAUUGCAGACGUCGUCUGUCAGCGCGCAGAGAUGGGGAGGAACUUCGGCACCGUUCUCAUUCCAGAUGCGCUUCUUAUGCAUCUGCCGAACAUGAAAAUCCUUCUUGCAGAGCUCCGCAGCGUACUGAAGGAGGCAGACGCAAAGGGUGAAAUGAAGAAGGCGCAGCAAGACUUGAACGAUGUGACUGACACAGACUCCUGCCCGCCGGAGUCUUGGGGUAGGCGCCUCACUCCGUGGAGUGCCGCCCUGUUCCGCAGCUUUCCAAAAUUCAUUCGGCGCGAGCUUCUGCAAGUCGACAUGGGAGAAAUUCGUUUCGAGCGACUGGAGACCGAGGAACUGUUGGCGCAGAUGGUCAAGGAGGAAUUGGAGUAUCGACAGAGUGUCGGCCGGUACUGUGGAAAGUUCCAGGCCGUCACUCACUUCUUCGGAUACCAAGGGAGGUCUUCCAUGCCCUCUCAGUUCGAUGCUAACCUCGCUUUCGCCUACGGCCACCUGGCUUCGAUAUUGGUAGAGUCUGGAGUAACGGGUCACUGCUGUAGCAUUCGCGGCUUGUGCGGACCUGUGAAGGACUGGCACUUGGGGAGCAUUCCGUUCGUGACUCUCAUGAAGCUGGUGCCGACUCCGCAAGACAAUCCGACGUUCGCAGCUCGCGGUGGACAAGCUGGCGACCCCAAAUUGACGAAUUCGGCGAAGGACAUUCGACAGCAGCGAUCCGUCAUGACCGACCUCCCCAUCAUCCCCAGUGCAGAAGUUAACCUCGACGGGAAGGCUUACAGGUGGAUGAAGACAGCAGCCGAACAGUGGGCACUGGAGGAUCGAUUCUGCAACCCCGGCCCUAUUCAGUUCACAGGUCCCGCGGCGAAUUUCUUCAAUCGGGAGUUGUUCGAGGAGCAGGCGGAGUAUUACGACAUGGUCUGUCGGGUAGAGCGAUACACAAACAUUCUGCGGCAGACAUGCACAUUUGGAGUCUCGGACAGCUUUCUGAAGAACGCGUAUGUUUCUCUCACGGGUCUGCUCAUGCUCGCCUUUCAUCCCGACGAAUUAACGGCGAAACUGCCGGCGCUGACGACCGGCGACGACGACGCCGACGGAGAAGGAGCAGCGCCGCCAGGCAGUGCGUUCUUCGGCAGAAGCGGGGAAGGCUUCGGUGUUAGUUUGUCGCGAUUCUCGAAACGCGAAGACUUCUGAGAAUGAACACGAAGCAGAGAAUCUUUCAGAAAUGGACAGAGACGAGAGCGUCACGGAGGCGCGUUUCUCACGACUCUCGUAAAACGCGAACUGUUCCCUUCGAGACGAACGAAGCGGAACGAUACCGGAGCGUCGAUAAGGGAGAACAGGGAGCGGCCGAAGGUGGGUGGAGAAAGGGAGGGGCAGCGAGAAGGGGAGGAGAAAAUCCAGAGAGCGAAGACGAGUAAGAGAGGAGGAGAGGAGGGGAGAGGAGGAGAGAGAGGGGAGACUGAGAAGAAAAAGUCGGAGGAAGAGGCAGCGCGGCAAAGAGGAAAAGCGGGGGAAAAAGAAGAAAGUCGGUGACAACAUGGAUCCAGUGUGAAAACGAGGGAGGCAAUGCAGGGAAGCCGAGGUGAAUCGGCAGUCUCGUCGUGGAGAGUGUGAAUGCUGUCGCUGCAUGGAUCUCCAUUUCCGGCUUAAGGAAGACUCUGAAGACAAGGCGAGGAAACUGGGAUAGACAGACAAGAGAAGAAAACAGUCUCGUGGACAGAAGAUGGACGGACGCGAAGGCGUGUGACGUCAAGAAACGCGGACCCUGUGGUGCUUCGAAAAUGCUCAAGGAAACAGAGCGACAGAGAGCAUGGCGGCGGACUGACAAAAAUGUUUUCAAACAAACCUGCGCGAGUGUGAACGGGUGGGGAGAGUGGAGACUGGAAGGUCGAGAGUGUGGAUAUUGUGACCGCCAACGGCCUUCUCAGUUUUCUCUUUCUUGUCGAUUUUCUUCGCUUUCACUUAUUGCAUGCGUUCCAGUCGAACUCUGGUUCUCCUUUGUCUACGCUGUCUUGGAACGUUUAGAGGCUCGUGGGUGCGUUUUGUUUUCCCCGGAGAGCGGCGCCCUCAAGAGGGGGUGGCGACAAAGGAUUCAGCGUUGCGCUAACUGCGCGCAGAGAGCUGAGAAAAUCAAAGAGACCGAGUUGCGAAAAUGGCUGCUGGCACAGGCGUCUGUGAGACAGCCGCUGUAUUGAAAAAUCAACGACAGAAGAUCGAAGAAGUGCGUCUUCUCGGUCGACUGUAUUUUACGCGUCUGGAAAGGCCGUCGGAGGCGCUGACACGCUGAAAACAGAACGCGAACGCUCUGGUGCAUGGGGUGUACGUACAGCGUGGGAGCGCCCGGCUCUUGCCGUGUAUUUUCCCCCGAACGUGUGUCCUUUCCGUGGUUCUGCUGUUCCCCUUCUUCAUGUUUUUGGCUUUCGUCUUCGGUAUCAACAGAUCUUGCGCCCGCUGAGACGCGAGGGAACCUUUCACUUUUCGCUUGAACAGAAAAGGAGAAACUCAAAGCUCGCGUCUGCGCUUGGCACAUCUAGUCGCCGAUACACUGUUGUUGACGCCCUCAGCCUAGCCACGGGGAAGGCAACAGGGACGCGAGCGGCAAAGCGCUGAGCACAUGCACGCGGCCGCACAGAGUUUCACUCGCAAGGCAAGCUAUGACACCCUCACUUUCUUUCACAUUCAAAUGCCGA